ACACUGUCAUCGCCUGUUUCUCCAUUCAGGACAAAUAUCUUCAUCUGCACCGUUUGUGUUUCAACAGCUGGUAAAUCGGAAUAAACAAAGACAAACACAAACAGCAGGCACGACAAUGUUAGCGUGACGGCUAGUCAACAUGGACAGCAGCUCAACAACUUGUGCAUUUGAUUCACAGGGCUACAGUUCAACAUAUAAGAGGAAACGGACUGUGGAAGAUUUCAACAAGUUCUGCACUUUUGUGCUUGCAUAUGCUGGUUAUAUUCCUUAUCCACAGGAGGAGGCGCACUUGAGGAACAGUUCUAGUCCGCCCAACAGCACCGGCAGCACUGUUGACAGUGAUGGAUGGGAGAAUCAGAGACUGGGCUGCGGCCUCUCGUUUCCGUAUGAGCACCCACCCAAGAACCACAAGAGCUUUGGUGGAUUCAAGAGACCUUCAAGAGUGGACUCUGAGCCGCAGAAGCGUCCCAAGUCAGCUGGUCUUCUUCUAGAGGGUGGAAAGAAAGCUGACAAGGUGAAAAAGAAGAAGAAGCUGAGGAAGAGUAAGGAUGAAGCGUUUGGAUCCUUUUCUCAGUUUAUUCCUAGUGCUCAAGGGGAGAUCGCCAAUCUCGGAUGUACCAUCAAAGAGGAACCAGAAGAUUACGUCAGCAUUCCUGUGCCAUCUACAAGGAUGGGUACAGUGCGGCCUGCACAUGCUGGCACGUGUUCAACACCUGCUUCAGGCUCUCCGGUUCCUGUAAUGUGCAAAUGGGAACCUGAUUCCGGGCAUUCAUGCUGGGACAGUUCUAAAAGUUCUGGGUCAGAGUCAACAUUGGAGGGUAGGGAGAAACCAGCACUACCUGAUGGAGAAGCCAUGAUGUUGAAGGUAGAAGGUUUGCCUGGUAAAAGGACUGUGAUCCGCCAGGGAAAACAAGUGGUGUUCCGAGAUGAGGAUGGAUUGAGAGAUGAUGAGGACAUCAUGGUUGAUUCAGAUGAUGACUCCUGGGACCUAGUGACAUGUUUCUGCAUGAAGCCGUUCGCUGGGCGGGCGAUGAUUGAGUGCAACCAGUGUAACACCUGGAUCCACCUCUCGUGUGCCAAAAUCCGCAAGUCCAACGUCCCAGAGACAUAUAUCUGCCAGCGGUGCAAAGACUCUAAGUUUGACAUUCGACGCUCCAAUCGCUCCCGAGUGGAGUCUAGAAAACACCUUCUCGACUGAUGCCACUCCUCUCCAUUUGCCCCUCCCACAUGUACAGAAACUCUUAAAGGUAACUUGUUGCGUGAAAAUAAGGCACAAUGUCUACAGAAGAGAAAGGGCUUAGUGACCUACAUGCAUCAUAUUUUUCCGUUCCUGUUUUUAAUACUUCUAGCCUUCCUAAAUGUUUGCAUAAGAAAAUCAGUACUUGGAUGAUGCAUUGAAGGUGGCAAAUUUCUGCCAUACAAACUGUCGACGACUGGAGUUUUACCGAUACAUGCCUGAAGGUAUUACGAUAGGUGGUGUUCUUGAAAGAAAGGAACAAAGGGGUAGCUAGAAGCCACUUUAUACCUGCAACUUUCAAAAGUAUGUCUAUUUGUCAGAGUAUGUAUAUUAUGUGAAAUAACCUUAAGAUAUCAGUGUUUGAGAUGUUUAGACUCAAUUCUUUGUGGAACUUUUCUGAGACCCCAAAUUUGUAUGAGACAAAGUUCUAUACGUUGGAUAAUGCUGAUCAAAGUCAGUGAUACUUUGGAGUGAAAUAUGAGAAAUGGUUGCAACAAAUGGAGGAUCACAUAAUGAGACUGCAUGUAUCAUUUCUGUUUCUGUGUUCAUAAAGCUCUGAUAAGUUGAACUUUCUGCCCUACUUUGAACAAGAAAACCUUUGUUUGCAUGUUUUAAUUUGACUAAAAAUAUUUUAAAAUGCUGUAGAUAAUUUUUUAUUAGGCAAAAUUAUGUUCUUUUGAAUUUCCAAGUUAGCUGAAUAGAAAAUUGUUACAUGUCCAGGUCAUAUUUCACCCCAAAAUCGUAAGUAAAAAAUAUUUCGCUUUAAGAAAAUUAAAUCAUUAUUUAAGACCAUAAAGAUAUUUUUUCUGCUAUGGGGAUUCUCAUUACUGUAACAGUAAUUUAUAUAAAUCUCCAUAAAUAAAAGGCAAUAAAACAAAUUUUAUCAUGUAUAAAAACUUUACAACAUGUCAUAGUUUUCUUAAAUAUCCAGCAAUUACUAAUAAAAGUCUUCAUUUUCUUUAUACGAUAUAUUAUUAUUCGCAUAAUAUAAAUAUAUAUAUAUAUAUAUAUAUAUAUAUAUAUGUAUUUUAAUUUCUUUUUUGUGUGUGGGGGGGGUGCUUUAAAUAUGACCAGGACUUGUUCUUGACAGAUUUUGUGAGAUUCACCCUCACGGAUGAAGAACAUUUUUGCCUAAAUAAUUUAUUGACAUCUCAUGGUUUUAUCAGUUGUUGUUAUUUUUAGUCUUAACAGGAAAACUGUGAUGUGAGAUGUGUAUAUAUUAUCUUUCCAAAACAUGUAGCUUGAUUAGAAGAAUCUUUUAUAAGGUUGUAGUUGUUGUCAACAGCUCUGACCCUUCUAACCUGUUUAUAAUUUGAUCAAUACCUGUUUCAUGUUAAUAAGCAUGCUCGGUGUGAUUGCGUCCUAUUUGCUGAUCCAAUCCCAUUGAAAAUCAGAAUGUUUGUUUCCUUGAAGAUAUUACCACAUUUGGACAUUAUGUACUUUUUAUUUUUUAUAAUUUUUUAUAUAUAUAUAUAUAUAUAUAUAU